AUCACUAUUUUGUUGUUGUGUUGUGAAGUCGGCCUGCUCGGCCGCGUCGUCUGUUUUGGCUUUCAGUUUGAGUUUGCAAGGACCCACUUCAAAUUGUCAAGUUUCGACCUGAGAAGAACACUGUCCAAAAUUUGUUCUUUCGUACCCUACCAGAUAGUUGAGAUAGUGGAUGGAUACAGAGGACACCUGGAAAAAAGAAACAAUUCUUAAUAAAGGCAAAGACAAUUAGCAGGGCUAAUAUCUAUUGACUUGAUGAUAACAAUUACGUAUCUGAUAUGGCAGGCAUUUGUUGGUAAAAAUAAAAGAAAGUUGGAAGUGUCAUCAUUUGUAAAAGUGAAUGGUGGGCAUCCUCUACAAAGUGCUGACCCAAGUGUUUCAAAUUCAUGUCUAGUCGCACCAGCAGUCAACCAAGCUUCUCAGUUUUUAGCUGUUAUUAUAGAGUUUUUUGACAAUCUGUGUGCCUUGCCAUAUCAUCAUCCACCAUCAGGUGUAACAGUUAGUAACGUGACGACAUCUACUACUGCAAGAGAAGUAAUUUACUGCACAGUGACAGGCCCAGUGUUCGUAGUUCUAGACUGAGAUCUAGAUCAAAUAGUCUUCCACUACUACCACUCACUGUCAGUGCACCUGGUGAGAAUCCUUUGAUUUCAACAACAAAUUGUUGGUGCCAUUGCCACAGAGUUGCCGUCAAACAUUCCCAUCAAGUGACCUCUUCUUCGAAAUCGAGAGUAUCCCAGUCUGCUUCUUCUUCAAAAGGUCAAAAUCAGGAGGAACAGGUUUACGGAUUUUCUCCAUCAUCCUGUGGUCAUUCUCUCGUUGAAAGAAAGAGCACGAAAAGUAGUUGCGACUCGCAGAAAGGAAAACAAGCAGAAAGGAGAAAAAAACAAAAAGCCAAGAUGGACAAGAAACGUUUUCAAGGAACAAAGAAGCCCUCAAAGUCAAAGUAUGCUGGCGCUGGCCGUGGUAUACUGAAUUCCCAUCUGGCGGGAGAAGAUGCUUCAGUAGCAGCGGCAAAUUCCUGGGCUGCUGGAAUAUGGAAGGGAAAAGCGAACAGUAGGCCAGAACUCUCAAAUGAUGCCCUGGAGAGGCUGCUAUCAGAACUACAGAGUAUCUGGUUGGACGACAGGAUCGGAAACAAGAAAGCUAAGUCUGAGGCUGUCUAUACCCGACUGGGAGUUGCCUUAAAAUCUGAGUCAAAUCCCUGGGAAGCAGCUUUGUCCCUUUUCACAGCUGCGGAGGACUACCCACUGGCAAAGACAUCCACUCUGUCAUUUCAGAUUUUGAAUGAAUUUCAAAAGUGGGUCCUUUCAAGUGAAAAUGUGCACUUUGAGCGGAAAUCAGAAUUUUUGACUGAAGACCUACGUACCAGAGUAUUUUAUGCCACAACGGGGAAGCACAUUUCUUUCUUCAAUGUGGCUGUGAAGGCCUAUUCACUUGAUCACCGAGGAAAUGAAUAUUUUCUGCCCAUGGCCAAAGCUUUUCUUCUUCGAGACAAGUUGACAGAGGCUGCACAAGUGAUCAGUAAGCUUAGGCUACAGUCACACUUCAAACAAGAGGAGGUCCUGAUGCCGUUGCUGUUCUCUGACAAAGUCAACAUCAUAGAAUCGUACGUGAGCGGCAACCCUGAGCAGCAGCGAGCCGUCCUGUCACUGUUGGAUUACCUGUGUGCCCGCUCCACUGACAUUCUGUCCUACGCCCAGUCAGCAGGUAUGAAGAACAUCAAAGGUGAAAAACUGAGCAAGAAAGUGUUGAGCAAGUUUGCCAUGAGACUCAUCAAGCUCUUUGACAUCCCUCCAGAAACUUGUCCCAAUAUCACAGAGAACAGGGCAAUGGGUGCAGUCCGCUAUUUGCUCUAUAAAUACUACAUUGAGAAGUCCAUGGCUCACAACAGCUGGGAGGAUAUGCUGGAGAGUGCAGUGGGUGAGAAUAAGAACCUGCAGCAACAGCUGGUCACGGAGCUGCUGGGCUACAACGACGUGAUGGAGGCCUUGACCUGGGCCGACCGCUACCAGCUGGAGGACGAGAAGCUGGACCCCACAGUGCUGGAGGCCAGGCAGAGGCAGAGGGAAGCGGAGGUGAGGCUGUCCUCCGGCCCACCCGUACAGCCGGACCACGGGUUCGUCGCGGAGGAGGACUGGGACGCUGAGAUAGCCGCUGAGGGCCCGGCCAAGCCCUUCUCCAUCCACUACAUGUUGCCGCUGCCGGAGCACUACGUUUCCAUGGUAACCACCAGGGAGGAGCUGGAGGUGUGCCUCGACAGGAUUCGGAAGCCAUUCACAACAAUCGGUAUUGACGCGGAGUGGAAGCCGGCCAUGGGUCGCGCCACCCAACAGGUGGCGCUGCUGCAGCUGGCGGUGGAGGAGCGGGUGUUCCUGCUGGACUGCGUGGCUCUACGGACACAGCUGGUAGACGCUGAGUGGGCUCAGCUGGCCGCCACCAUCUUCUGUGAUAAGAAAGUCAUUAAACUGGGGUUUGGUCUUGACACAGAUCUACGAAUGUUGACUAAAUCUUUCCCUGCCAUGGAAGAUUCUAUACUCAGGAUGGCCAGAGUUAUUGAUCUGGAGAAACUGGCCAGAAAGGUGUUGCAGGAUUAUGACUGUAGUCUGAUGGACAUGUCCAAGUUUGGGAAAGCUGGGGAACUUGUCGACAAUUCUUCAGGAAAAGCAAAAGCAGGUCCGUCCAAAGACCGGCGUGUGCCGGCCACCAUAGUCUACAAACGUGAGGAGAAGGGGCUCAGUCUGUUGGCCAUGAAGACGCUGGGCAAACCGUUGAGCAAAGCCGAGCAGAUGUCCAACUGGGAGAAGAGGCCGCUACGCCAGUCGCAGAUACACUACGCAGGACACAUGGAGACUGUGGAGAUCAGCAGACGAGAAGACAGAAUUAUACUCACCACAAAAGGCCCCUUUGAACAGAUCCGAGCCAAUGUGGGAAGCGCCAUGUGUUUCUGUGUGUCGUGCGACAAAAACGCCCGUGAGCAGACCCUGGACGUCCUACGCUACUUCUGCGUCAAGGUCUCCAAGGAAGACAUUUUCAGUCGCUGUGCUGAGAGUCUCUACAUCUACAACCUGCAGAAGCAGCAGCACUGGCUGUUGGCCGGGGCCAGCGGAGGCGUGUCGCUCUACGAGCUCGAUCAGGACACGAGGUCAAGGUUCUUGGAGCACGGCAUCGACGCGGCCACCAUCUCCUUCCUGCACAACCGCGUGCGCAUUCAGGUGGAGACAGUUCCCAAACAAGAGGCUUUCUCCAACAUCAAGGAGUUCUUUGUCUGUGUGGUGUGUGGCAAGGUGUACUGGGAAGGCUCGCACUUCGACCGCGUCUGUGCCCAGUUUGAGCACGUUCUCCAGCUGAACCCUGGGGGGGUGGGAGAGGAAGAGCUGAUGGACGGAGAGGAUGACGACGACGAUGAGGAGGACGAGGAUGGAGAUGACUUUGAGGAUGAUGAAAGUGACUCAGGGCAAGCAGGGGGUGGAAGUUGAGCUGUGUGCGCUCGUGAGAUUAUGAAUGUUUUUAUGAGUGAAAAUCUGUUUCUUGUUUAGAAAAAUGUGUGGGGAACGGGUUUGUUUGCUGGUUUAUUAAAUAGAUUUUUUGGUUUUUUUGUGCUGAUUUUGCUGAAAGAAAAGAAAGGCUUUCUUGAAAAUUAUAAAUGUUUUUGGUUGCUGAUUUGUAGAAAUGUAUGCAAUCUCAUAGGGACCACUGAUGUUUAAAUAUGUUACAACCCAAAAUGCGGAAUAAAUUAUGAAAUGUUUGGUAUUUGAUGAUAUGCAAGUAAUUGUUGUUACUAAACUUAUGAAUCAUGAACGGCGAAUUUAACCUGUGCUGUCUUUAUUGAUUUGUUUCAUUUUUUUGGUUCUUAAUUUCUCAUUGCUCUCAAGACCGAUUGAUCUCUCAAAAUCAGAGAUUUGUUUGUGUUUGUGUGUGUGUGUGUGUGCGCGUGCGUGCAUGUGUGCGUGCGUGCGCGUGCAAGGAAGAAAGGUUUGAAUGUCAGCUAAAAAAGAUGCUGCUUAGCUAGACCUAAAGGUUAACAUUUACAAAAGUUAAAAGUGUUAAAUGUUAAAAAUGUUAACUUGGUUUGUCUCAGGAAAUUCUGAAAGAGUUUACUUUUGAUGCUUGUGUAUGAGUGUUAUAUAAUAAUAUGUUAAAAAAGAUGAGUUGUGCACUGGUGUCUGUGGUGUAGCGGUAGCGCACUUCAUCGUCUCAUGUUGAAGAUGUGAGUUUUAUUCCUGCGUGGGGAGGUAUCUUUUGAGUAUCUCCGUCUGUCUGCUGAGAUGUUGUAUCCCUCUUUGAUUGUGUAGACCCUGAUAAGUAGGGUAGAGGCAGCCUCCCUUCUAAAUGAUCUGAAUUGCAUCUAUCAAGGUGUAAAACAUAUUCAGUUACAGCCACAUGAGUAUGACUAUCUUUACACUUCUAUGCACAAUGGACACAUGGAGGGGAGGGGUAGGGCUCAAAGGAUUAUGGAAGCGCAUAUGAUCAUUACAGGUUUUUUUGGGCAUUUUUAAACAUUAUUUUUUUUCUUUUUUAUGUGAACCGUUUUUUCCUUUAUUCUCAUGUUCGUUUAUCUGGAACCUUGUACUGGUAUGGACAAACUAUGUCAAAAUGUUGGUGCUGCUUCUUUAACAACUGAGCUUUGUUGAGAACUUGUCAUUCAGUAGAUUCAAUGACUUCACAGGAGAGUGGUAAAAUUAAAAAUACUUUAAAGUUCUGUAGUAAAA